AUGACAUCUCGCAGAUCAUAUUUUCGGUAUAAAAGACGAUUAGGUAAAAGUGUGAUAAAAGGAAUGGAAGCCCACCUAUUUCCAACACAAAUGGACCAAGAUUGUACAUCUGAAAUGAUUACUGAUGAUGAAAACGAUCUCUCACAAAACGAAGAAUUUGAAGAUAAAAACGAACAUAUAGUGGUAUUACGAACUCAACCACCGUCGAUAGAAGUUACAAAUGAUCCUGACAAAUACGAAGCUACGAAUAACGAUAAUUAUGAUAUCGUACGUCGUUUGAAACCAACACGUAAGGAUAUAUCAGCGACAACAAUGAUAAUAAAGGUUCGUCGAUCUCAAAACAAUCGAGAUAUUGAUCAAUUAUGCCGUUUUCUGAACUCGUUACAAGUGGAUGAUGCACCCAAAAGUAUGCAAGCUGAUCAAGAAAAUUUACGUUGUCAAACUGAUUUGAAUAUUAAUUGUGAAUCAUAUAAAAUAUGUUCGAAAUGCGGGAAGACAAAUCCAGUAAAUACUAAUGCAUGUCGAGUAUGUAAAACGAAACAAAAUAAAUUGGUUGAAUUUUAUUUAUAUCCCAUUAAAAAUCAUAUUCAACAUUUAUUAUCAAUGGAUGGUGUUUAUCAAACUCUACGGUCACAGCGUGAAAAAAACGUUCAAACAUUUUCCGAAACAACAUAUGGUGAAAUUUUAAAAGAAAUCAGUGAUGACUCGUUUACAAUGAUUAUUAAUGCCGAUGGUGUCGUUACACCAAAUAAAAACAUCUCAUUGUGGCCGUUCGUAUUUAUGAUCAAUGAAAUGCCCGUACCUCAACGACAAUAUAGUGAAAACAUUAUUAUUGGUGGUGUAAUUCCAGCAAAAGAAAAACUGAACAAUAUUGUAUUUCAAUCAUGUCUUGAUAUAUUAGCAGAAGAAUUAUAG